AUGUCGGCCGCUCCAACAAGCACCUCUGCGCCUCCGCCGGCGCGAAAAGUCAAGUUCGUGGCGUCAGAUCCCAGCCGUGGAGGAUUGCCCGUCAAGCGCAAGCAAGUCCAGCAGGCCUGCGCAGCAUGUCGGCGUAAGAAGCGACGAUGCAUCCAUGCCGACGAUGCUCAUGCUCAGGAGGAAUCCACCUCGGAGGAGCACCGAGGGCAGGACUCGUCGCCCUCGCAAGCCUCGCCGUCUACGGGUGCGUCGGUGGUUACACCGCGGAUGAGAACCGCCGCCGUGAUGCAUGAGAAUGGCACUGUAAACAACACAUCACAUACCGCGCUUGCUUUGCAUACUAGUCAGCCUCCAUACUCGGGCCACCGGGCCUCUGUUGCCAUGCCAUCGCAAACCGAUCAUCUCAAGCAGCAAUCUUCCCGUUUUGUGGGCGACCUUAACCCCGAGGGCAUGUUUCUGGAAGUCACCUCCAUUUCGGCCGGAGCCUCAUCGCAAAAAGGAGAUGUGGGCAUCUGGCUGUCGUCUGGUGCGUUUGGGGGCACCGGACAAUCGUCUCAGUUCAUUACCUCGCGACCUCCUCCGUUGAUGGACCACUUCUUGCUGCCAUUUGUUCGGGAACACUGCCUGUCCUGCCUCCCACCGCCCGAGGACUUUGCACGCCUGAAGAAUGUCUAUAUCCAAAAGGUCCAUCCCAUAUUUCCAGUCAUUCCCAUCGCCGACAUUGACAACGACCUCGACCACCCGUGCAGCAUAGUACUACGCCAACUUGUUUGCCUCGCCGCUGCUGCUGACCCAGAACUCACCGAGCAUUACCGGCUACAGAACCGCGGGCCUGGUUUGCUGUCUCCCCAAGACUUUUCCCAGUCCCUGUCCUCGUCUGUGCGGGCCAUACUGGAAACAAGCCUCAUUACAGAUCGAGUCAUGCACAUUCAGGCUUUGAUCAUGCUUUCUUUGUAUACGCAGCCAACGUGUGCCGAGGAGUCUGACCUGCCCGCACAACUGGGCGGCCGUGCCAUUCACCAUAUACAGACUCUUGGCUUACACUUGCUACGAUACGACGCGCCAAAUUGCGACGACCUCGAGAACUUGUUUUGCUGUGUAUGGGCCCUGGACCGCAUUAACGCCGCCGAGUAUGGCAGACCGUGUCUGAUUCACGAGCGUGACAUUGGCGCUGAUUUGGAAGCCUGCAUCAGAAAACGACCGCCGUGUUUCCGACUGUUUUUAUCAGUUAUUCAGUGGCUGGACCAAGUUGUUGAGCUGUACCGCCCAGGACCCAGCGCAGAGGCAUCUGGUCUUGAAAAGAUCGCAUACAUCGACCUCCCCGUCCUCGAGGCAAUGAUUGUCGAUGCGGAUGCGCUCAAGGUGCCAUCCUCCCUCAUUGGUCGGUAUCCUCCUCCCCGUAGAUUUCCAUGCCGAGCCCAUCUAACGCGCGCCAUAAUAGCGACCAUCGAGACAUUCUACCACGCCGUCAUAAUUCUGUCGUGCAGAUUAGCCCGCCCUGGAACAGUGCAUGCCGCCUCGACUCUGCCGCCGCCGUCUGCCAACGCACGUCGGUCCCUUGCCGCUGAGCGAAUCGCCUGUGCUGUUCCUCGAGAUCACCUAAGCCCCAUGCCCUUCAUUCCGUAUGCAGUUUCACUCGCUCUGAGCGUCGAGUACAGAAAGAUGAGACACAGCCGGCUUGCCAUGUUCCGAGCCAGGGCCAUGAGCUCGUUCAAGCGGAACUGUGAAAUGUUGCGAAAAUACGGUGACCAUUUCUGGAGCGCAAACGUAGUCGCCGGUCUAGGCGAACGAGUACUCAAGGAGAUGGAGCGCGCUGCUACGAGCUUGACAACCAAGGACGCUGCUAGCCCUGUCCCGUUGGAUGUCGGGUCCAGAUCAACAUCGGCCGGGGUGCAGUCCCAAAGUGUCCGGCAGACCCAGAUGCUGCCUGGAAAUACAGCUGGUAUUACAUCCGCCGUCGGCAUGGACAAUGCGGUCGACUUUUCGCUGAUCGACGCCAUCUCGGGCCAGGACGUCUUUGGGCAUAUCGACCCCAGCUUCAACCUGGAAGCUGUGGAUGAUGUCUUGGAAGCAAACCUAGACAUCGGCUUACCUCUGAAUUGGGGAGAUUGGGGCCAGUUUGCCAUUAAUUAG